CCCUCCCGCUUGCCAUUUUGGCGCCCAAUUGAUUUUCUUGUUUUCGUCCACUCCUCUCCCUCUCCUAAACGGCCUUCGGGUAACCGGAAACUCUGAGAUCUCGAAGCCAUAGCCAGCGCUGAUAUAACUACUAUAAGAUUUCAAAAAUCCGUAUUCAAGCCCUUUCUAUCCACUCAUCAUGAGGAGAAGAUCCGAAAUCAAAACCAGAGACCCGCCAAAAAUUCGAAGCUCAUCGGUUAGAGGUUUCAAUGGAGCUCGAAGCAAUGUUGAAAUCCAAGAUGUAAUUAGGGCAAAACGAGUGAAGUUUAUGGAUCCUGAUUCUGAAUGUCAACCAAAUGUUAGACCUGAUGAACCUGCUGUGCUAAACGAACCAACCCGGGAUCCAGCGUCCAAUGCCCCCAAAACUUCCGAGUAUGCAUUUUUCAAGAAGUUAAAGAAGAAUGCAGGUUGCUCUCACUCUUAUGCUUCACAAAAAAGGGAGAACCAAUCGAAGAAUUUCGAACCAAGUGGUUGCAGCAGAGGGAUCUCCGAGAAGCUCAAAAACAUCCGGGACAACUCAAAGUCCUCAUUUCUCGUUGAGAAAAGGAGACCGAUCACAAAAUCUUUGUUCCUCUCACCUCUUGCGAACGCAUCAACUAAUUCAGAGGCAGCUAACAUUGUGGACAAAGGUAACGAUAAGGAUAUGAGAUCCCCAUUGUCCGUUGAAAAAGUUAUACCUAUUGACCUCAGUUUUCUGUUCUCACCCCUUGGUGGUGCAUCAAAGACUUCAGGGACUGAGUGCUUGGAUGGAGUCUUUUCUGGAAAGAGAAAGAGGUUACAUCAGUGGGUUGCAAAUAUCUCAUUUCCCAACACAGAGGAGUCCUGUUCAGAGGGGUGCGAUUUAGUUUCUGUGCUCAUCAAUCGACUGUUCCCUGACACUGCUGAAAACAAUUGUUGCAGGAAUGAAAAGCCAAGGCAAAUGAGAACUGAAACUAAAUUUUUGUCAUAUGCUUUUCCCGAGUUAGAUACCGGUGAAAAGGACUGUCAUUGGACUCCACGAAGAGACCUCUUGGAAACCGAAUAUGGGUGUUAUUCAGAUGAUGUUUGCGAUAGGUCUGCAGAGAAUCUAGAGAUAGUUCCCUCAGAAUGGGAUACUAAAGGUUGUGACGCUCCCUUAACCAGACAUGCGUCAAGAAGUCAUUUUCAGUUUGGCAAAAAGAAAUUUAGAGCCGAUUAUGAAGGUGAUACUCCAAGUAUGAUCACUAUACAAGAUCCGUAUUUCUGUUCUAAUGUUGAGAAUUAUGAAUCUACUGCAUCAAGACAUAUCAAAGGGCUAAAUGAUUUCCGAAGCAUGGAUGAAUCUGUUAAUGGAAGAGGGCCAUCUACUUUGUUGCUGGGUUGGGAUGUCAACAGCUGCGAAGAUCAAGGAGUCUUAUCUAUUACUAAGCGGAAUGCAGAGAUGAAUUACACAAUGGCCGCAUCAUGGGAUGAUCACCAGCAGAGUCUGGAUAAUUGUUCUGUUGAAAGUGAAUUGGACACAUCAUCAUUCCUUUUCAGCUAUCCUUUCCAAUUCACCUCAUUACCACAUCCCCAUUCAGUCCCUUUCUCUAACGUAAAUGAGGAGAAGUUUCUUUUGGCAGAGCUGAAGCAUUUCCCACUAUCCUUACCAUGUACUCCAACAUGCCAUAAUCUAUUAAAGGACUGUGAUACGUAUGAUACAUGUGACGGUAGCAGUACCUUCUCUCCCCUAAACCACCAAUGGGUUUUGAGCAAGGUUUUCAGUGAGAAGCAUCAUUGUGAUAUGGAACCGUUCCUCUAUCCCUCUGGACUAGGUUUUGAUUUAGGAUGGAUGCAUUUAUCAAUAAGUUCCUUCAGUGAUCUUUAUUCGCCUUCUUAUGAAGGUUCUCAGUCUCUUUCAAAGGAAAGUCCAUGUUCUUAUCUUCUUACAGAAGAGCAGCAUGAGGAUUGCUUUUAUAGCUCGAACCACAGUCAAAUCAUUCCUCAUUUUUCCGAAGACACGCUUAACAAUCACGAAUGUUUUUCCACUAAUUCCUGGAUACCUAUAGAGAAAGAGAUGUCAACCCCUGUGCUGCUCGACAGUUCAAGCUGGCUCAGAACUGAAGAAGAUAUAUAUUACGAUGAUGGCGAAAGGAUAUACAUUUGAUGCUUCCGAUACCUCCUUUAUGUGUCUUGUUCCACUAAUUCCUGGAUACCCAUAGACAAAUAGAUGUCCACCCCUGUGCUGCUCGACGGUUCAAACUGGCUCAGAACUGAAGAAGAUAUAUAUUAUAAUGAUGGAUAUACAUUUGAUGCUUCCGAUACCUCUUUUAUGUGUCCUGUUUGAUUAAGAUCGCUCCUCUACAGGUGCGGCCCAGUUGGUUUUUAGCUUGUGAUGGUAAGUGAUGCUUAUCUGGUCAGCUGCAUGGCUAGCUGGAGAAAUCUUUUGAGUAAAAGCGUAAUACAGAGUGAAAAUUUUCUUCCUAUCUGCAAUAUUGACUGCCCAGAUGAUGUGGAUAUCAGUUCCAACUCUAUUUCUUUUCUAGCUCUAUUUGCUUAAACCGAUUGGCAAUAAUUGAAAGAGAGCUCUUACUCUCAUGGACCUAAUUCUUAGACUUCUUACUAUUGCCUACAUGAAUCUCCAUAACAAUGAAGAUAGCCAGUCAUGGAAAUACUACUAAUAAGCCGUUCUUUCUUUAUGGGCGUGACGUCUUUAGUUGUGCAUUAUGGUGAUUUGCUGUUGUAUAAACAGCUUUUAUUACCUGGUCUCACAGAUGGCGUGUUUUUUAAUUUGAAAUCUGCUUUCAUAUCAGGAAAAUAUAUAUGAUGCCUCUGCAUUACUGCAUUUCAUAGACAUGUACUCCAUUUCUCUGGCUGACGACUCUACCCUCAUGUCUGGCUUCAGCAUUUUUUAUUUUCGCUUCACGGAACUUAUUUAUUGCAGAAUAGGAUUCUCCACUUUCCCACGUUGAUCUGGCUAUGUUGCUUCAAGUACAGUUAACCCAUUAAACCUCCCACGGCGAAGGGUAAUGAGGACAAAAAUGUAGGGAUCUGAUGUUUCACUGUCAAAGACGAUGCCUGGGCCAGGAAAAUUGCAAAAAGGAAAGAACUACAAUGUAGAAGUCCUAAUAGUCCUACUGGAAGCUGAGAAUGUG